GAGGGGGACGGAGGCAGCGCCCGCGGCCCCUCCGCAGCGCCCGCCCGGCCCCAGCCCGGCCCGCGGAGGAGCAGCAGCGUUUUCGGGCCCAGCCCUCACCAGCCCCGCCGCCAGGAUGUCCGAGAACCAGCCCAACGCCAACAACCACCACCCGGCCAACAACGCCGGGGCCGCCGGCGGCAACAACCGGGGCGUCCGCAACCCCAACCUCAACCAGAACCCCCUGAUCAACGUGCGCGACCGCCUCUUCCAUGCGCUGUUCUUCAAGAUGGCAGUGACCUACGCACGCCUCUUCCCUCCCUCCUUCCGCCGCAUCUUCGAGUUCUUCGUUCUUCUCAAGGCUCUCUUUGUGCUCUUCAUCCUGGCCUACAUCCACAUCGCCUUCUCCCGCUCUCCCAUCAACUGCCUGGAGCACGUGCGGGAUAAGUGGCCCCGCGAUGGCAUCUUGAGGGUGGAAAUCCAGCGCAACUCCAGCCGGGCCCCCAUCUUCCUGCAGUUCUGCGGGGUCGAGAAGUUCCCAGGAAUGGUGGUGGAGUCCACGACUGAGGAGGAGGAGGAGGAAGAGGAAGAAAUGACUGUGGAUAUGUUUGAAAACAGCUCCAUCAAGUUUGAGCUGGAUAUCGAGCCCAAGGUGUUCCUCAAGCCAUCCCGGGUGAGCAGCACUGAGCUGCCCCACAACGACAGCCAGGAGUUCUCGUUUAGUGACGCAGCCACUAAAGUGUGGCCACAGGAGGAGUACAUUGUGGAAUACUCUCUGGAAUACGGCUUCCUGCGCCUGUCCCAGAGCACCCGGCAGCGCCUCAGCAUCCCCGUCAUGGUGGUGACCCUGGAUCCUACCAGGGAUCAGUGCUUUGGGGACAGGUUCAGCCGCCUGCUGCUGGACGAGUUCCUGGGCUACGAUGACAUCCUGAUGUCGAGUGUCAAAGCUUUAGCUGAAAACGAGGAAAACAAAGGUUUCCUUCGCAACGUGGUCUCUGGGGAGCAUUAUCGCUUUGUCAGCAUGUGGAUGGCCAGGACAUCCUACCUGGCAGCCUUCGUCAUCAUGGUCAUCUUCACUCUCUCUGUCUCGAUGCUGCUGCGCUACUCACACCAUCAGAUCUUUGUCUUCAUUGUUGACCUGUUGCAGAUGCUGGAGAUGAACAUGACCAUUGCAUUCCCUGCUGCUCCACUCCUCACUGUCAUCCUGGCUCUGGUCGGUAUGGAGGCCAUAAUGUCUGAGUUCUUCAACGACACCACAACUGCGUUCUACAUCAUCCUCAUCGUGUGGCUGGCGGACCAGUACGACGCCAUCUGCUGCCACACCAACACCAGCAAGAGACACUGGCUCAGAUUCUUCUAUUUGUACCACUUUGCCUUCUACGCCUACCACUACCGCUUCAACGGGCAGUACAGCAGCCUGGCACUUGUCACCUCCUGGCUCUUCAUCCAGCACUCAAUGAUUUACUUCUUCCACCACUACGAGCUGCCAGCCAUCCUGCAGCAGAUCCGGAUCCAGGAGAUGCUGCUGCAGAACCAGCAGGUCGGGCAGGGCACCCAGACCACGCUGCAGGACAACCUCAACAACAACACCACGGCCGCCCCGGUGGAGGCCGGGGGCCCCCCCCCCCCCCCCCCCCCCCCCCCCCCCCCCCCCCCCCCCCCCCCCCCCCCCCCCCCCCCCCCCUCCAGCGUCAUCGCCGCCGCCGCCUCCGUGGCCACCGACCUCAACUGGGUGGCCGAGACGGCCGCCAUCGUGACAGAGGCCUCGUUUCUGUCUGACCUGAGCACCUCCCUCCUGGAGCCCACCGUGGUGCACGAGGCCGUGGCCAACGGGACCCCGCAGGAGGCGGCCGCGGCCUCGGGGUUGGUCGCCCGCAUCAGGGUCAGCAGCGAGCACCCGGAGACGGCCGUGGGCUCCAUCACCAUCGAGGUCACCUCAACGUCCGUGGUGGCUGCAGCAGAUGCUCCCCCCGCUGCUGGGGCUGCGCCCCCUGCCCCGCUGCAGGAGGGGGUGGUCCCCAGCCCCUCCCUUCCCAAGCAGACUGAGGCUCUCGAGGGCUCAGACAGCCGAGCAAAACCCAGUGGCAAAAACUGCACGGGCAGCAGCAGCAUGGCAGAGCCCCUUCCAGCCUCGGGAGGGGACAGUGACCAGGACAGAGGUUUGGAGGACCGGGGGGAGAGCAGCCCCUGCCCAGCACCAGCAGAGAGAACGCCCAGCUCAGAGCCAAGCUCCAGGAACCUGUCCUGAGCCCUGUUGCUGUCACUCUGGACUGCCAGGAAGGCAUUUGGAUUUUGUUUGUUACUAUUUCUCACUUCACCAUCAUCCUUAACCCAUGGAUCCCUCUGAGCAGAGCCGGAGCAGCUGGGACAGAGCAGGGCUGCUGUGACCUCCCUCCCCUAGGAAAGGCACAGGGGGCUGUGGGAAGGAUGGGGGGGUUUCGUCCCCUGGCCCACAUGGCUCCAGGGCUCCUCUGAGGCCACAGGUGAGCCAGCCACCUGUUGCCACCCUGCCCCGCUUGUGCCCUGGCUUUUCCUUGUCCCCAGUCCCCAGGUUUGCCCCUGCAGCUGUGUUUGCAGUUCAGGUGCUGAUCCCAGAUGGGAGCUGACCUGGGACACGCCACAGGCUUGGCAGCUCUGUGGUUAUAGUAGGAGCAGAUAGAACAGGCAAAGUGUCCAGCCCCUGUGGGAGAGCCACAGAGGUGAUUCCUGGUCACCUUUCCUGCUCCUGAGGGGAGAAGGAGCAUUUAUCUUCCCCAGGCACAAAGUUUGCCCAGGCCAGGGCACAACCAAAGCAGAAAGCUGCAGUUCUUCAGCCCCCUUUUUUCUGUCCUUAAACUUCCCUUGGUGGGUGGGUUGGGAGGUGGAAGGUGCUGUGUCCAGGUGGGAGCUGCCAUCCCAGGAGCCAGGAGCGAUGCUUGGAGGGAGCCAUGCUGCAGUGGGUGUCUGGAGAGGCUCUGUCCUGCACAGCUCUGCUCUGGAUGAGGCAGCUGCUUUCCAGUGCCUUGUCCCUCCCGUGGGACACGUCUGUGUUUAGGAUCAGCCCCAUCCCAGAGGAGAGAGUGGCUCCUCGUGCCUGGAUUGUUUGCAUGAGCUGGUUUAGCAAAAAAACCAAAAGACUAAAAGCCAAGACAUUUCAGCUGGUUUUCCCAUAUUUCCCUGGCAGUGGAGGGGAGGCUGGCAGAGCCUGACCCCUCUACCAAGAGGCUGAGCUGGGGGGCUGCCUGUGGAGCCCUGCAGAGGGGCCAGAUCCAUGGCAGGCUGUGCUGGAAGGAGGGUUUGUGCAGGGGGGUGGAGCAGAGUGAGGUGGGAUGAAGCUCUGGGAGAACCGUGGUGGGACAGGGCAGGGACAGGAGGUGACAUUAGCUCUUGGGCUUGGCUGGGUCCCUGCACAGGUGUCCCCAAGUUCAGUGUUGUCCCCCCGUGGCUGAGCAGUGUUUCCAUCUCCCUCGAGGGCUCCGUGCGUUUCAGUGUUACCUUGUCAACACGAGGGGGCUCAGAGCCCCCUCCUCACCCCUCUGCCUUUCCCACCUGGGUGCCCCCUUUUUGUUUCACCUUUUUACCUGGAGCAGCCGUGGUGCUGCUCCAGGGCAGGGGGGAUCCUGCUGUGACCAGCCGGUCAAAUCUUGCUGCUGCCAGCACUCCUGAGAAGGGGCCUUGUCGCCAACUGGCUCCCAGCCUCUGGAGCACCAGGAAUGACCAUGGGCUUUUCAGAGGAGUGGGUGGGAGGGGAAAGGGGGGACACCAAACCAAAUGAUUUAAUGAAUGAAGAGUAGAGUUCAUUCUAUUUAAUUAAUGUACAAAAUGUGUUUGUAUAUAAUA